AUGAAAGAGCAGAUGAGGAGAAGAAUAGAGGCUACAGAAAUGGACGCAAUAAGACGGGCAUCAAGAACAUCAAGACGGGAGAGGAUACCCAAUGAGAUAAUAAAGGAGAAUAUGGGAGUAAAGGAAACGGUCACAGAAUUGAUAGAGCGGAAGCAGCUAGUGUGGUACGGACAUGUCCAAAGGAUGGCAGAGCAUAGAUUACCAAAGAAAGUGAUGAGAUGGAUUCCGCCGGAACAUAGAAAGAGAGGAAGACCGAAGAAAACAUGGAUUGAGGGAGUGAGAAAAUCAAUGAGUGAGAGGGGACUGGAUGAUGAAGCCUGCAACGAUAGAAGGCACUGGCAAAUGGGUAUCGGACAACGUCGUAGGGCGUUCUAA